AUGCUCGCGUUGUUCUUCCUUAUCAUGGCGGGUGGGACGCCGUUUGUCGUCAUGCUCGUGCUGGUGUGCCAGGCACUCGUCUACAGGGAGGUUACGGCGCUAUUCGAGUUCACCGCGCAUGCAGGGAGUAGACCGAUCGAGGGCAAAGGCGCGGAGAAGAGUGAGGACAGGUGGAGCAAGACGCUCAAUUGGUACUUCUUCGCGGUCACAAAUUAUUUCCUGUAUGGGGAAUCGCUUAUCCAUUAUUUCAAGCACGUGGUCUUCGCAGACGCUUGGCUCACACCGUUCGCGACCAAUCACCGGUUCAUCAGCUUCAUGCUCUACAUGAUCGGCUUUAUUGGCUUUGUCUCCAACCUGAAGCGGCAGUACCUGCGCCAGCAGUUUGGCCUGUUCUGCUGGGUUCAUAUGACUCUUUUCUUGAUCGUCGUCUCAAGCCACUUUAUUGUGAAUAAUAUCCUCGAGGGGCUCAUUUGGUUCUGGGUCCCGGCCUGUUUGGUCAUUUGUAACGAUAUUUUCGCUUACGUCUGGGGGAUGUCAUUUGGCCGUACCCCACUCAUCCAGCUCAGCCCAAAGAAGACCGUCGAAGGCUUCGUUGGCGCCUUCUUCACCACUCUCGUGUUCGCGUAUAUCCUCGGCACUUUCUCGAUGCAAUUUGAUUACAUGAUCUGCCCCGGGCAUGACUUGGGAGUCACUGCCUGGGACAAUGUGGUAUGCGACAAGAACAAGGUCUUCAUUUGGCGGGAUUUGCCGAUCGGCGAACCACUGGUGACGAUCCUGAGCACUUGGGCUCGCAGACCCGUGACAUCGAUUCCCGUCGCGCCCUUCCAAUUCCACUCGGUCGUUCUUGCCUGCUUCGCCUCCCUCGUCGCCCCUUUCGGCGGGUUCUUCGCCAGUGGGUUCAAGCGUGCCUUCGACAUCAAGGAUUUUGGAGACUCGAUUCCCGGUCAUGGGGGUAUGACGGACCGGAUGGACUGCCAAUUCCUCAUGGGCAUGUUCACUUAUGUGUAUUAUAGCACGCUCAUACGCGUCAACCACGUCACCCCGGGCUCGAUCCUGCAGGCGAUCGUGUCCAGCCUGGGGCCGCAGGAGCAGCUGGAGCUAUAUAGAGAACUGACGAGUUAUCUACAUACCAAAGGUCUGCUCGGCAUCUAG